AUGAUAUUGAUCAUCCUAUUUGGUUUGUUGUUUCCACUAGCCUAUUCAUCCAGUACAGAGAAAAAGAAUGAGACCAUUAGUCGAUCUUAUGGAUUCCAAUCAAAUGUUGAUUAUAUUUAUCAUUAUGCGACGGAUAUUCAUAUCGAUCAUAAGAUUUGGGAUGGUUCACAAGAAAGUCAUAUAAAACGCAAUUCCGAUGCUGCAUUUCAUUUGUAUGCUCGGCUGAAUGUCAGCAGUACUUGGCGAAGUGCAAAUGGCGAACAACAUUUAUUAAAAAUCGAAUUGAAAGAUGCUCGAUUUCUCAAUCGAACGAAUUCUCAUAGUAUGAUUGACUGUUUAGCAUUGAGCACUCUUACUCGUUAUCCCGCCAUGUUUCUUUGGGACCAAGGAAUUGUAUCUUCGUCGUAUUUCAACGAAAACGACAAUCUAGCAGCAAUUAAUUUGAAAAAAGGAAUCAUCUCUUUGUUUCAAUACAAACAAGACAAUGCCUCGGAAAUCGACACACUAGGAAAAUGUAAGACAGAAUAUCGCAUUUAUGAAGAUCGUCUUGUCAAAGACAAAGCUGAAUGUUCAAAUGUGAAAUACAAUGAUGAAUAUAGUAGUGCGAAACACGCAUUGAACUAUUCAAUUGACUUCCAAUCAACAUGUGUGUAUACAUUUGAUAAUUCAACACUCAAAUCUGGUUCGUGCUCGGAUAUGGCUUUCCCCAGAUUAGUCAUUCCAGAAGUCGCUGGAUUUCGUAUCAUGUCACGAUUAAGUGUUGAUCUUAGCGAAAAACUCACUAACGAUAAACAUCAAUUAUUUUCGAGUAUUGAUGCCGCAUUAAAAUCUGUUCUAAGCAUUACAUCAGAACAAUAUCAUCCAUUGGAAACGGAAAAGCAAAUUCAUCCAUGUGAUGAAUACUGUGAAAAGUUUGAUGUCUUUAUUCGAGAUCAUGAAAAACAAUUGAUGCGAUCAGUUGUUGGUGAUCGGCAUGCAAGCAACACAUUUCUACACUUGAUUGCUUUGACGCGACGGCAAAGCGAAGUAACGCUAAGCAAAAUACUCGAUAAAGCGGCGAAUUCCAUUCGAUCUACACUGAUCGAGGCAUUUGUAGCUGCACAAACACCAGGAUCAUUGAAUGCUGUUGUGAAAUAUUUGGAUAAUUCGAUGAGUUCAAAGAAUAAAGUGGAAUUAAUCGAAUCGUUUCUAAUGGCAAGCGCUUUUGCACCAAGACCGUCCGAUAUACUGCUCGAAAAACUUCUGGAACGAUUACCGAAAUUUGCUGCCAUCAAUAGUCAACUUGAACAAAGCUCCUACUUAGCAUUGGGUGCUAUCGUUCAUCGACUGUACGAUUCAAAUAGAAAAUCUAGUGCGAUCGAAAAAUAUACAACGUUGCUUCAUAAUACGAAGAAAAAACCGUUAGUUUAUCUUUCGUUGUACAAUGCUAAACUAGAAAUAUACGAAACAAUACUUGUUGAUGAGAUUCGUCGGUGUAAUGACACAAAUCUGUGCUGGUUGGCACUCAACGCCUUGACACAGUACCAACCUGAACGGUUUUCAAGCGAAAUUAUCACCAUUCUUCGUGCAAUUUAUCACGAACAAAAGGGUCGACCGAAAACAAGCAUACAAAUUCGUCAACUCUGUGGACAACUUUUACUUCGAACGGAUAUCUCGCUUGGCGAUUUGGUUAACUUGAUGCUCUCAGCACUUGAUAGAACAAAUCAUCAAUUAGGUGUUUAUAUGUGGCGUUUAAUCACAACCAUGGCUGAAAAUGAUGAUUUGCUAUUUCGAAAAAUCAAGUUUAUCUAUGACGGCGGUUUGAUUGAUUUGACAUACGAUCGAAUUGCUUAUAAAGGUCAAUCGGAUUAUUAUCGUCGACCAUUUAUGCAAACCUUUGGCUUUGGAGUCUAUUACACUAUUUCACAAUUAAUGAGUCGACUCGGUGCGUUACGUGAGAGUGAUUUCGAUCUGCAUAUUCAACAAUACGAAAAAAAAGACAGAUUCAAUCUAUUGUCCUUUGGUGUUAGCGCAUCCGGGCUUGAUUCGUAUGUGAGUGACGAUGGUAAAGCAAGUGACACACCAGAUGAAGAUCUUCAAGCAGAAUUACGAGUAACAUUAUUAAAUAUGCAAUUGAAACCUGUUGUACUAUUUAAUGGAGUGACCGGAUUAAUGUCUGCCGUGUGGAGCGCACCAUCGGAGCUAACAUCUGCAUUUAAAAGUAAUAUCAUGGUACAUGACUUAUCACGUUAUAUUCAUCUUCAUAAUGGACUCGUUGUUCAUUACGAAGCACAGAGCGCUGCAUCGUUAGAUUUGUCUGGUAUGGUUUCUGCUAGUCUUUGGAAUAAGAAUUCACACUCAGUUAUUCGAGUUAGUUCUGGAUUGAGUGUUCGCAGUCAUGUCGAUGUUUUGAAUGAUUUUGUUGUUACCGGCAUCAAUGUCACUAUCAGUACGAAUGCUGUGGUGGACUAUACAACCGAUGUAGACUACGCAGAUACACCAAUUAAAGUGUGCAUGCAAAUGAGUAUCCAACCCACAGAAAUUUAUGACAAUGUGGAGAACUUUUAUUCAAUAAAACGCACGAAAGCGUUCCGAUGGUUUGGAAAUCGUACACGUCAUUUUCUUGGUCAUGACUAUACAUUUACUCCGAAGAAUAACGCUAUGUGCAGACAAAUUCAUGUGCUCUAG